AUGUUUCUUCCCGAGGAUCUCCUUUUCAAGUCUGGCCAGCUGGCACGCGUCUGGCUUGCUGCCAAUCAACACAAGAAACUCACCAAAGCCCAGGUGUUGCAGGACAAGAUUGAUGAGGAUAUCAAGGUCAUCAUUCGACCAGAGGGGGCUGCUGGCGGCCCUCUUGCUUUGCGCUUGAACGCCCAGCUACUUCUGGGUGUUGUGCGCAUCUACUCGAGAAAAGCGCAUUACCUGCACGAUGACUGCAACGACGCGCUGUGGAAGAUCAAAAUGGCUUUCCGCCCAGGAAACAUCGAUUUGCCUUCACAAACACACGUGGCCAAUCCAACGAGUCUGACCCUACCCGACAUGAUCACAGAUCUGGACCUCCUCGCACCCAUGCCAGAUCCCGCCCUCUUGCUGUCGCAAGCCCUGGACACCAACCUCAAUUUCGGGAACACGACAGUACCGGACUGGGAUAACAGUCAGUUCAUGUCUGGCAGUAUUGAACAGCCCCGCAUGGAGCUCAUGGACGAUGAUGAUGACUUGGGCAUCAACAUUGGCGAAGACGAAAUGGAGCCUGGAUUCAACGACACAAGCAUUGAAAUGGGUCGUAAUGCCCCAUUGGAGCGACGCCAAUCCGAAGAUUUCGGCACUGGGAUGAAGGACCUGUUAGAUGACGGUGACGACCUUGGCAUCAACAUUGGCGAGGAUGACGAGACGGAGAUUGCCCGUGCUCCAGAACUAGACAUUGGCGGCGAGGACAUCACCAUGGGUGGUAUGUCCGAGAUGGACCUUCCAGCCGGAUCAACGGCUGGCGAUCUGCCCGAACAACCUCCACAGCGUGAGGACUCACCGCUUUCCGAACUUGGCGAAGAAGAAGCGACUGCACUCGAGCAGGAAGUUACCGCCUUUGAGCCCGCUCCUGAGGAAGAAGAGGAAGAAUCCAUUCACCAAGCGAGGGCGAAGCGAAGGCGGGUCAUUGGUCAGGACGCUGAGACGAUGAUUUCCAGUCAUCAACUCAGAGAGCAACAAAAUAACCGUGACAAGAUUCUCAAACCGGCCUCAUUCUUGCCACGCGACCCCCUCCUCAUGGCUCUGAUCAAUAUGCAGAAGUCUGGAGGGUUUGUAUCGAAUAUUUUGGGUGAUGGCCGAAGUCAAGGCUGGGCACCUGAGCUGCGCGGCAUUCUUUCGUUGGAGGUCGUGUCGCGGCCCAGCCAGAAGCGUAAACGGGACAGCGGCGUUGCGGAUCUUGGCACAACAGAGGAUGAAGCGGUUCCUGAAGGCGAGAAAACACCCCAGCUGGAAUUCGAGCAAGAGGAGCCUACUUUGGGCGGCAUGGAUGUUGGUAUCGGUGGUGAUGGUACUACACACGUAGGCUCUGACGACAUAGUUCAGCUUCCAGAUGAACCAGCUUUCCCGCAGAUGGGAGACGACGAUAACGACUUUUCCGUACCAGACAACUUUGACGAUACAACCGCUCCCCUCGUGCACCCAGCAGAGGCUGGACCCAUCUCACUCGGCACAAAGCACGCUGUGCACCUCCUACGAGAGCGACUGGGGCCAGAGCCUGAUGAGGAAGAACCAGAGCGACAGAGGACCAGCAUCCUCUUCCAGGACAUGCUACCGGAGGCAAGGACGUCACGGGCUGAUGCGACCAAGAUGUUCUUUGAAGUCCUGGUCCUUGCCACCAAAGAUGCCAUCAAGAUCGAGCAGCCUGCGAACGAGCUCGGUGGACCUCUUCGUAUUCGUGCUAAACGAAGUCUUUGGGGUGAGUGGGCAGAUCAAGCGGUCAGCCGUGAACUGGCCUCUCAAGCUCAGACUGCUCCUCAGGCAGACUUGGACGCGCCAGCCGAAGGUAUCCUGCAAGGUCCGCCGGAAGCGUCUGUCUCUGCAUAA